AUGUUAUUCUUACAGACCUUCCUUCUUUUCAUUACCAUUUCCCUUGCGGCGCUCAUUCCCCAGUCGGGCCAGGCAAAAGAUGAGCUCACAGAACAGGAGCUCCAGUAUCUUGAAGACGAUCCCACCAUUACGCACAAGGUGACGUUUCAAUUUUCACAGAAGGAAGAACCGGAUUCGCCUGAUUCAAAGAUAUUGGGAGAAAUCACAAUGGGAAUGUUUGGCAAGACAGUCCCUAAGACAGUUUUCAACUUUGUUAAAUUAGCCAACAUGACUCACGGCUAUGGCUACGAGCGCGUUUUAUUCCAUAGAAUCAUUCAGAACUUCAUGAUCCAGGGAGGUGACUUCCAGUUUGGUGACGGCAGAGGGGGCCACUCUAUAUUCGAAAAGGGUAAGUUCAAGGAUGAGAACUUCGAGAUCAACCAUAACAAGAAGGGCAGAGUCUCAAUGGCCAACGCUGGGAAGGAUACCAAUGGCUCUCAGUUUUUCAUCACCAACACUGAUGAUUGCACCUUCUUAGACGGAAAGCAUGUCGUUUUCGGCCAAGUGAUUGGAGGAUUCGACACAUUGGCAGCAGUUUCUGCCGUAAAGACCAACGACAAAAACAGACCACUUCUCGAUUUGUUCAUUAGUAACAUCAAAAUACAAACCUUGAUGAUAUCCGAACCUAGUCCCAACUACAUCUACUUGAUCGUCGUGAUCUUAGUGGUAGUGAUAUGGUUUGCCUACUCCAAGAGUUCGUACAAGAAGAAUGCCAUCACUGACAUCAAGGACUCUGGUAUAUUUUAG